GGCGGGGCGGGACAGGGCGGGGCGAGCACAGCGUCCUCGGUACCUACAAAUAUACGACCCCAUCGCCCAGAGACCACAGUGAACAGUGAGUCGCCGGACAAGCCGGACCUGUCCCUCAGGAAGCAACCAAGCGGAACCACCCCGACCAACAAAAUGGCCCCCAACGUCGCCGACGUCACCAACUACCGCAGCGGGGUCCUGUUCGAGACCGAGGACACCCCCGACUACGUGCAGGUCAUCGAGAAGUCCGAGAAGACCAGGACGGUCAAGAAGGAGAAGCUGAGCGAGGCGCAGCCCAUCUACUGGUCCAACGUGUACUGGUUCACCGUGAUGCACGUGAUGGCGCUGUACGGGCUGACCCUCGUCUUCUCCUCCGCCAAGCUGCUGACCACCGCCUGGGCCGUGCUCCUGUACGUGGUCGGCACCCUGGGCGUGUCCGCCGGCGUGCACCGGCUCUGGUCCCACAAGGCCUACAAGGCCAGGCUGCCGCUCAGGAUGCUCCUCACCUUCUUCAACACCAUCGCCUUCCAGAACUCCAUCUGGGAGUGGACCCGCGACCACCGCGUGCACCACAAGUUCACCGAGACCGACGCCGACCCCGUGAACGCGGCCCGCGGCUUCUUCUUCGCCCACGUCGGCUGGCUGCUGUGCAAGAAGCACCCCGACGUCACCCGCAUCGGCAAGACCGUCGACCUGAGCGACAUCGAGGCCGACCCCUGCGUCGCCUUCCAGAAGAAGUACUACGGCCCCCUGGUGCUGACCCUGUGCUUCGCCAUGCCCACCAUCGUGCCCGCCGUGGCCUGGGGCGAGUCCUACUGGAACGCCUUCUUCGUGGCCGCCAUGCUGCGCUACACCCUGUCCCUGCACGGCACCUGGCUCGUCAACUCCCUGGCCCACUGGGCCGGCGGCCGCCCCUACGACGGUUCCAUCGCCGCCCGCGAGAACGUGCUGGUCUCCAUCGGCGCCCUGGGUGAGGGAUACCACAACUACCACCACGUCUUCCCCUGGGACUACAAGACCGCCGAGCUCGGCAAGUACUCCACCAACUUCACCACCGCCUUCAUCGACUUCAUGGCCAAGAUCGGGCAGGCCUACGACCUCAAGUCCGUCAACGAGGACAUGGUCAAGACCAGGACCCUGCGCACCGGCGACGGCACCCACCCCGUGUGGGGCUGGGACGACAAGGAGAUGCUCCAGGAGGACCGCGAGCUGGCCAAGAUCGAGUAGACGUGCCAACCAACCUCCGCC